UAUGAAGUUACUGGCACUGGGAUAGCGGAGAGGAGGAAGGACCCGGAGGAAUGAAAGAAAGAGCGAGGGAUGGCGGAGUAUGGGAUCAACAAAAUCGCGGGAAACGAGGGGGAAAAGGAGGAAUGAGGAAAGGAGAAAAGAUCCAAACUGAUUGGAGUUCUAAAGGAAGAAAUGGUGAUUACACAACAAAUGAAUGCUCUGAAGCUGCAAUAUGGAAUCAUCAGUAUUAUUCCUUUGCCAAGACUGGAAUGAUGGAAAGAAUUUCAGCAUUUACGAAUUUUAGCAUCAAACAGACAAGAAAGAUUGGUAUUGAUAAGCCUGAAGUUGUGAGCUUAAAGCAACAACGUGAUGGAGGUUGAGAAUACAGAUGGAUCUGAAAACAUUGUGCCCAACGGCAGUACCCAUCCACCCAAACGUGGCAGAGGCAGACCACGAGGGUCACUCAAUAAAAAAUUCUCAUCUGAGAAAGUGGCAACACACAAUUCCAGGCCAUCCAAAAAGGUGGAAUUCUUUUCUCCUGAAAUAAUCAUAAGGUCAAAUGUGAAGAAACGUGGUCGACCAAAAAAGUUAAAAAUGCGGGGCAGGCCAAGAAAGAUCCCACUUACACCCGAGGAAGUAUCGGAGAGAAUUGAUAGGUUGAGUAAACAACGGAAGCGAAAACUUUGGAAGCCCCUCGGAAGGCCACGCAUACAUCCUGUUAAAGAGGGUCCCAAAAGGGCAAGAGGAAGACCUCGCAAAAAUGAAACCAUGCCAGAAUUGUCAGGGCAAAACGAUACACACCCACCAAGUGUCGAAAUUAGCCUUGAUGCUACUGAUGGCCCCCCUUCAAAGAGAGGGAGGCCAUUGGGCUCAUUAAAGAAGAAAAAGAGGGGUCGGCCUUCAUGUUCCACCAACACUUCAACCACCAAGGUCUCAGCUGGGACCCCAAGAAAGAGGGGCCGUCCUCCAGGCUCUGGAAACAAAGUGAAGAUUAUAAAACAAGUUGACGGAACUCCUAAAAAGAGGGGGCGACCCCCAGGCUCCAGUAACAAAGCGAAGAUCAUGAAACGUGUCGAUGGAACUCCUAAAAAGAGGGGGCGACCCCCAGGUUCUGGAAUAAAGGUGACCGCAAAGUGGGUCGGAGAAGGUCCUCGAAAGAGAGGUCGCCCACCAGGUUCUGCUAAAAUCAAAGUUUGUGUACCGGAUUCGGUAGAUUGUGAUGUAGGUAGCUACACUGCCACCAAUGCCAGUGGUCAGAGUCGUAAGAGAGGCCGUCCAAGAAAAGACAAGCUGGCUUCAGUGCUUGAAAAACUUCCCCCUGGUCACACAGAGGAAGACAAGAUGGAGAAUGAUGAGCCCUCUCCCAAACGAUCCCGUAACUCGGAUUCCACAUCACAAACUCCAAAUGAGACCACAGCAGAGGAUAAUGGGGCAAGUGAGAACAAUAAAGACCCAGAGGAUGAAGAGGAAGAAGAGGAUGACAACAGUGAUUCUCCAAAAGUGAACAACAUAAGUGAGAAAGAGAUUGAAGAGGCAGCCUCUUCUAAGGUGCUGUCUGGUAAAUCAAAAAAAAAGAAAUAAAAAGACAAAGGGCGUCAUUGAAAUUUGGUUAGGUAUAUUUUUGGAUGGGUUUUAAUAGGAUACGCCAAUAAUUGUCUUUUAUGACAGACUGUGCCAAGUGAAUUUUAUUCUUCUCACUUUAAAGCCCCCUUAUUAAAAGAGCAGUUCACCCACAAAUGAAAAUUCUGUCAUGAGGGGGUACUCACCCUCAUGUUGUUCAAAACCUGUAUGACGUACUUUCUUGCAUGGAAUACAAAAGGUAAUGUUGGGAAGAAUGAAAGUUGCAAAGGUAUGGGGCAACAUGAGCGUGCGUAAAUGACAACAUUUUCAUUUUUGGGUGAGCUAUGCCUAAUGAUUUGCACCAAGCACAAUGAUUGGCUUGAACGUUUUCUUUUCUUCCCCUUUUUGCACGGGAAAAGUAUUUUGUCUGCAUAAUAAAUUAUAGCAUGCAAAAUAGAACUGCUAGGUAGCCAGUUAACAUCAUGGUUAUCAUUUGUUAACAAUGACUUGUGCCAACAAUUUCAAAGCAACUACCAAACGAGACUGUUUCAACUGGAGUAUAUUCAAAAGUUUUAAAUGUUUCAAAAAUUUUGGAGGCUGAUUUCAAUAUCAGUUUGUCCAAAUUGGACUGGCAGAGAUUUUAGUUGACAUCGUAGUUGCUGGGAGGGAGGUGGGUUGGGGGUUUAAGUGCAUCUUUGAGGUAGUUUUAAUUAUUUAAAAAAAAAAACUUUUAUCAUUGUCAAUUUAUUCAUACUCUGUAAAAUUACUAAAUGAAGUCAGUCCUGGUGUUCAGUGUUUUAAUAGUGAAACAGUCCUAUUUUAUGCUUUGCAUCAUUAAAUCUUUGUCUGAUAGAUUGGUCAUUGAUGUUCAUUUAGCAGGUCUUCAUUUGACUGAAAUAUUGUGAUUGCUUCGUUUUUCCGACAUAGUAUUGUUUGUGAAUACACUCAAAUUCUGCUUUGACUAUAGUCUCGUUUUUGUUCUUUUUUUUUUUUUAAAUUUCAUAACAGUUAUGAAACCGUCAUAAUUGCUUUUUGUAUACAUUUCCUGUUGCUCUGUCUUUUGUACCUUUUUCAUUGAGCAAUUUUUUUGUUUAUUCAUUUUUGUCUAUUCAUUUGUUUAGGUUGUGUUAAAAAAAGAAAACAAAUGUAUAGACAUGCUAAGAACAGUAGAUCUUGUCGAUAUUUUUUUAAUGUAUUUUAGUUUUGAAUCUGUAUUUGCUAAUAGAUGCUGAGAACUGGCUGUGUUAGGUGAGAUCUUGCAUAUAGAAAUGUAAAAAAAAAACACUCUUACGGUUCAGCCAUGAUGUAUUAAUUUGCAUUGAGUACACAUGCUUUCUAAAUUAUGUUCCUAAUCUGUGCUGUAGUACAAAACAUUUCUCUAUCGCUUUGUAUAAUUCAUUUCACUUUGUGAUUUGGAUAAACAAUGUUGAUGAUUAAUAAUCAAGUAAAAC